AACCCGCGAAGUGCGAACCCCAAAUGGUCUAUCCGAAGUGAUUUUUCUGGACCUCUCUCACUCUCAUCACCAUCAUUAAAACUAUUCAACGCGUGGUGUGAGUGUGCUGCAGCAUGGGGGUUGAUGACAAUGAGUCUGGCGACCCUACGAAAUACAUAGUGGGGUUAGUUUGAAAAUGUUUAAUUAUUAUGGAAUUUCAGGGAUAAACAAAAUGAAUAUAUCGAUAGCAAAAUUUCAACACCUCCUUGCCAACCUUCAGAUGAAACACAAUCAUCACAUUGUUACAAUGAUGCAUCUUCAGCAUGUUGUGUCUUUUGUGGAAUAAGUGAACAUUUAAAUCUCGGGCAAGGUGAAUUGGUUAGGUUCCAUACAAAGCUUGAAUACUCCGAACCUCCAGCAUGGUACAAAGAUCAUGUUAGCAAAGUAAAGCUGAGGCAAGAAAGGUGUACUAAUAUUUUGGUGACAAAUCGUUUGACACAUACAAAUAGGCGAAAUCAACAUAGUAGAGUGGUUAUUGCCACUGGCUCAACUCUACCUACCGACUCAAAUGCCUGUAAAGUGGGUCCUCACUUAUCUCUUGAUGGGAGUCAACGAGGUCAAAACAAAAAUUCCUUUGGUUAUGACUGUAAACCUUGCCUUUCGGGAAUGCCCACACCAUAUUUUGACUGUUAUGGUCGACCAUUUGGUCUAGUGGAAGAGUUGAAUUAUGUUGGCUGGCCUGCUGCUGUAACUGGUGGUGAAUUCCUACAGCUUAGUAAUUUGAUUGUGAAGUGUACCCCUCGUGAAGGUGAAGAAGGUGGUUGGAUUUAUGCACACCAUUGUUGUGCAUCAUGGUCGAACGGUGUCCAUUUCAACGAACAGAUGGUUCUUGAAGGUGUCGAGGAUGCAGCAAAUAUUGCACUGUCUCAGAGUUGUUCGCUUUGCCUCCGGUAUGGAGCAAGUAUAUCUUGUCGUGUUAGCGGAUGCAACUCAGUCUUUCAUUUCUUAUGUGCAGCAGGAGCUGGUUGUCUGCAGGAUAUUGAAACGUUAGAGUUACUAUGUCCAGUACAUAUUUCAGAAUCUGCCACGUCGAACUGUGCUUCACUGCAAUGUAUUCUGUGCGAGUCCCUGGGUGAUUUGACCGAACUUUUAUUUUGUACUAGUUGUGGUAGCCAUUAUCACGCUUCCUGCUUAGAACCGCCUCUUCAGCCAAGCCCUACAAUUCGCAUUGGAUGGCAAUGUGCGGAGUGUAAGACCUGUUUGAUAUGCAAUGAAAGUAAAGAUGAAAACAAAAUGUUGGUGUGUGACAUAUGUGACAAGGGCUACCAUACUUAUUGUUUGAAGCCUCCUGUUUCAAGUAUUCCUAAGAAUGGAUUCCGAUGUGAACGAUGUCGUGUUUGCUCUGAUUGUGGAGGUGGGCGUGUUUCUGCUACAAGUGGGCUGGAAGGACCUGUGCCCUUCAACAAUGAACUGAAUCCAAAUGUCCGUUGGCACAGCAACUAUACCUUAUGUGACCGUUGUUUUCAUACACAUAAACGCCCCAAUUCAUGUUGUCCGGUAUGCGAAAGGGCUUGGCGGUGCUCAUUACCCGUACCUGAAAAUUCUACUGGAAAUUCUAGUAGUACUUUCCUAGUUUGGCCUGGAAAAAAAUGUGUUCAGUGUUCGCGUAUGGUUCAUGCAGAGUGUGAUCCAUCUUCUAAUCAGACUACAGUUUCACCGUUAUCUGCUACUAGUGAAGAGACAAAUGGAACUUGUGGGCUGAAUUAUGUCUGUCCUGUCUGUCGGGCUCGUGGAUCAGCGACACCAAGCGAGGUUGCUUCAACUACUGCAUCUUUCCGAGCGAGUCCAGUUCCCGGAGGCGGUAACAGCAGUAACAGUGGUGGGGACAUGAUUGAUGAUGCUUUCGCACAAGGCGGCAGAGAAUUAUUGGAUGAUAAUGCUCGUCAGUGUGUUUCAUCGGGUUCUCUUUGUCCUGGAGCUAAUGGAAGUACAUGGGUAAAUACACCAUCCAGUUCAACAUCGAAUUCAACAACUCCAAACACUGAACCAGGGAAACAACAGAUACAGUUAACUAAUCAAGAUUUUCCAGGAUCACCACGAAUUCAUUCUAAAGUGACUUCUAACAACAGUAAGCAGUCUGUAACAAGUUCUACAACUAGUCGAUCCACAUUAGAUCAACCUGCCAGUAGUAAUAGUACUGGACGUAGACGAGGGAGUAAUCAAGCUAACGAUUCCAAUUCAACUAAAACAAAUUCAGCAACUCGGUCGAACAGUACCAAUGCUCAAACACCUACAGUGACUACAAAAACUGGCGCAUUGAAAAGGACGAAUACAUCAGCAACCUCAACUAGUGUUAACAGAUCCAGGCGUACAAAAACUCGAAAAAUGACAACGUAUGAGUCAAAAACACCCGAGGAGAAAGAUGAUCAUCCUAGUACUGUAGUCUUUUGUCGCUCCGAUGAUAAAUUUAUGCUGGAACAAGAUAUUUGUAUUGCAUGCGGAUCAAUUGGUUUGGAUACUCCACUUUUAGCUUGUUCACAGUGUGGUCAAUGCUAUCAUUCCUUCUGUGCAGAUGUCCCGAAAAUAACUCGAACUAUGAUUGAAAGAGGUUGGCGAUGUUUAGAUUGUACAGUAUGCGAAGGUUGUGGGGGAACUUCAAACGAAAGCCUUUUACUCUUAUGCGAUGAUUGUGAUAUCAGCUUUCAUACUUAUUGCUUGGAUCCUCCAUUAAAAGAAGUACCAAAAGGUGGUUGGAAAUGUGCCGAUUGUGUUGUGUGUACUAACUGUGGUCAACGUGAUCCAGGUGUAAAUGGAAAAUGGCAUGCCAAUUAUUCGAUAUGUGCACCAUGCGCAUCACUCACUACUUGUCCUGUUUGUAAUCUAGCCUAUCGUGAAGAAGAAUUACUCAUUCGAUGUGCUUUAUGUACUCGAUGGGCUCAUGCUAACUGUGAUCAAUUGCGUACUGAAGAUGAAUUAGAAUUAGCUACUGAUUUAGGCUACAAUUGUCUUCUUUGUCGCGAAUUGGGUGCUGAAAUAGGAGCAGGACAUGCUCAGGUAUUGGCUUAUAGACAGGCAGCUAAUGGGAAUCUUAGUGCUUUAGAAAACUUAAAGUUUGGUGAAAUUACUGAAAAUCUGUUUGCUGAUAAACUACCUUCUUCACUGUUUCCAUAUUCUGCUUAUAUGGCUGGUUUAACACGUUCACAAACAGAUGAAGACAAUAGCUUAAAUGAUACUCGUCAAUUUUUCAUGGAUGGUGUUGUUCUCAGUGAGAGUGGUUUAAACACCAUUAAACAAGCUUUACUUAAAAGUCAACCUAAACGACAAUCAAAUCAAAGACGUCUGUCAGACCAACAGAACCAGUUGAACACUGAUAAUGGAUCUUGUUCUUUAGGCGAUAGUACACCUGUUGAAUUAACGCCUUGUGCACCACAUGGACAGUUUGACGAAGAUGCUUCUUUACAUUCUGGAGUUGAUGCUGAAAACGACUUAUCGAAUUACCCUGAUUGGAAGUCACCUAGUUUACAAUCAGAAGAGGAUGGUAAUAGUUCAGUUCAAGAUAGUACACGUACAUCGAUGUGUAUCAGUCGUACCAGUUCGACUGGUUCUGUAUCAGCGAACGGUAAAAUUACAACAAACAAUUCGAAAAAUAGUCGAUAUCUGAAAAAUUUGGGUAUUGGUGGAUUUCGAGCAAGACCAAGUCGUGGACAGCAAGCGAAAAAAAUACAACUCGCGGCAUCGUCAGAUCCUUUUGUUGGCCCACCAGCGUCGGAUAAUAAACGUCGUCGUCAAAACAAGAAGAAAUCUCAAUUGGAAGAUAGUUAUCCUGAUUAUUUGAUGAAAGCUUUCUAUGGUGCUAGCUUACUUCUAGUCAAAAGAAAACCACUAAGAAAAAAGAGAAAUCGUCUUCGUCCAGGUGGAUCCGAUUCCGUUAUUGGAGCCAAACAAUACAAAGGGGGAUUUUCUCCUUCAUUUCGUCCUUCAAAACAGACAAAAACCGGUGUAAAUGUAAAGAAAAGUAAUGCUGCCCGCCUUGGGAAUCGAACUAAAUCGGAAGACUCGGGUCUUGAUACAGAAUGGAUAGAAUCAGGAUCGAAGGAUGAAGAAUUUGAUAAUGCCACUGAAGAACUUGAUGAGGAAGAUGACAUUGAUGAUGGUGAUGAAGAAUAUGAUGAAGAUGAUGAUGUGGAUGGCGAUCUGUGUGAUUUUGAUGAACUGAAAGACAUUGAAGAUGAAAUGGACAAUGAAGCUUUGGAUCUUGAGGAGGAUGAAGACAUAUCAGCUACACUGAACUCUGCUACUCACCAGUUAACUGAAAGAGUUUCUGAAAUAAAAAUGGCUGAAAGUUCAGCAGAUUCAGAUUUAAUAAGAACACGAUCAGACACCACACUGGCGGAUAGUUUGGAUACUAAUGUGUCUCGAGAGUCUUUUGCGUUGAACUACACUAGUAGUCAAACUCCAUCUACGAAACCUCAGCCUUCGGUUAAUUCCACUGUUCGUGACAACUACCAGAUAUCUUCAACGAGUGCUGAUCAGCUAAGUCCAAAAUCACAAAAUUUGGUUACCCCACUGGAUCCUUCCACUGAACUUGGGUCUAAUCAGCCAAGUCAUGCUCCAAGUGUACUGCAUUGUUCGGAUAAGGAACUCGAACAACAUGUUAACUUGUCAUCGUCUACCCAUUUACCUCAGGAGCAAUCAUCCGAUCUAUGUGUAACUACCAGCGUAGCAGGACCAAGUGUGAAUUCGAUUCCACAAGCUGCCACUCCAGCCGGCUUAAAUGAAGCUGCUGAUCUUAUGUUCAUGGAUGAUUAUUUGUUUGGCUUUGGAGACUUAGCUACUACAGAAGAAACUGAUUUAAAUGACAUUACACCACAACAAGUGUCUACAGAUCAUGUAACAAAUCAACUUCAAAAUCCUAAUCAUUUACCAGUGGGACAGCCAUCAAAGAAUUCGUUGAAACAGUCAGCUUCAAAUAAUGAAAGUCCUGUUCAUCAUGUAUCAUUCAUUCACUCUCAGAAUAAUCAACAUUCUCAACCAAUGGAAAGCUUUCCAGUCACUGAAAAAGUUGUCUAUCAGUCAGAGAUUUCAGAGUCUGUAAGAAUAAAAGAGUCCAGCAAUUCGGAAGGAACGUGUUUAAAGCAGUUUGUUGCUCAACAAGAUUUAAUAAAUCCGCCUUUUGAUAAUCACAGUCAACAGCAUCACCAUACCUCGGUGAAUAAGUCUCUCUAUGAGAAGGCAGAAUAUAAUUAUCCAUCUUCUGCGUAUUCUCAAAUCAUGGACGAUCAACAUCCAAGUAACAUUCAGCGUAAUUUAAUUGCAGAAACACCGCAGUCACAUCUGCUUAGUCAAGAGCAACAGGUUCGUAAAACGGGAUCUCACAUAAUUAACGAUCCUGCUGAUGCUUCAUUGGAUCAGUUAGCUAAUUCUACUGAUGUAUACCACCCUAAUAGUGCAGUUAUGGGUUCAUAUAAUUUAUCUUCCCGUGAAACACCCAGUAGCCAUGAUCCUGUGUCUUCAAGAAAUGUCCCUGUACCUCAUCCUCGUCAUUGUGUCAAUACUCUAACAGGUAAUCUACCUGAAUUAUCUGUUAGUGACAUUGAAACACAACUUGGACCUUCUACAGGUUUUGAGCUUAGUGAACCUACUCUAGCUGAUGAUAGUCCAAAAUCAAUCAUACAAAAUACUGUUUUCAAUAAUGAUUUGAGUACAACACCUCCACCCUCGGAGAUGUCUGUUCAACGUAUACCACAACAACGUCAAAAUAUAAUCCAUUCAAAUCCUGAUCCAAUUAGGCAACCCUAUUCCCAUCGUCCAGUAGAACAAUGUUUAGAAUAUCAAUCAAGCAAUCAACCAGUCAAUAUACAACAACAUCAAAUAUCUCGCUCUUCUCUUGUUACAGUUCCUAUUCCUCAGAAUCAGGUCCGACCGAUGCAGCAGCAGCAGCAACAACAACAACAACAUGUUGAUUCCCAAGGUGGUCGAGUACAAAUUCGAGGUUCACAACCAUCAUACUUCUAUGCUCAUGUUGUUCCCGUUCCUGGACGUGUAUUGACUCAGUCUCAAAAGCAACAACCGCCACCACCACCACCACCACCAUCGCACCAACAAAUUCAACGUCAGUCUAAUUCACCUAUAGUUUUACAAAGUCCAAUUCCUCAACCAGUACAACAACAACAACAACAACUACAGCAGCAGCAACAACAACAUCUUUCAGUGGUUGGUGGACAUGGGAAAUUCAUCUCUCAACCUUUACAACCUAAAUCGCCGAACACAAUGACUCCUCCCCCUCCACCACCAUAUCCUUCUCAAGUGAUAAGACCUGGAAUGUGGCAACAGCAACAACAACAACAGCAGCAACAGCAACAACAACAGUCUCAUUCACGUUUAAUUUCUACAUCCAACCAACAAGGUGCUAUUAUGCUCUCUCCUACUGGACAGUGUCUAGUUCCUCAGGCAUCGAAUUCAACCCAAUUACUUAUGUCAUCUCCACAAUCCAAUGUCACUAUGGAUACUCAACAUAUUAUUCCAGUUUGUUGUCAACAAAACACUCCAGUUGAAUAUCUACAGCGUUCGUGUGUAUCACAUCCUGUGCAUGGUUCCAGUGGACUUCAACGGACCCCACCAACACAACAAAUGAUUGUACAUGGUGGACAGAAUACAUUGCACAACCAACCUGUACAUGUUUAUCAAACUGAUCAUAUAACUUCACCGAAUUCUCGACAAUACACAAAUCAUCCGAAUUCAUUAUCUCCGCAUGCUACAUCUGGUGUUCUUCGUUUUAACAGUGGUUCUGAAGAAGUUAUCUUAAGGUGUUCUACUGAAUUACAAAGUCCUUGUAAUAUGCCUAAUCCUAACUUAAUGAGAUCACCCAUCAUUGAUGGGAACGCUCAUCAUGUUUUAAAUCGUUCAAAUCAACAAAACAUUCUACCUUGUUCAGCAUCAAACAAUGCACAAGUAUGUCUAUCUAGUUCGAAUUCGAAUACCUCGGGUUCGGCUAGCAGACGAAUUAAUUAUCACAAAUGGGAAGAAGAUGAACGUUUAGGCGGUCAGUCAACUAUUGCUCCAGUAUUGCACGCAAAUAUAUCACAUCCUACAUUACGCGGUCAGUAUCCAGAAUUUACUGUUCGUGCUAAAGAAAUAAGUAAACUGUGGCGUCGACUUUCUAGUGAAGAACGUGGAACUUGGGUGAUACAAGCUCGUAACAAUCGAACAACAUUACGUUCAAAUCAAACUAAUAUUCCUACAACUAUGGCUUCCGGAGGAGGGACCGUUAACACAAUAUCACCUACACAACCAUACUGUCAAACUAAUACAUUGGCAGAUCAGACAGUCUCUUUACAGUCUGGAUCAGAUUUGUCUUAUGGCUUAGAAUCUCCUUCAACUUACAAUCCUCAUCCUCAAAAUCGUACACCUCAUCAUAUGCAGUCGUCUGAACACCAAGGUGUUGCACAUUCUCCACAACAGAAUCUUCUACAUCAUCAUCAUCCUCAUCACCAUCAACAACAACACCAGCAACAACAGUUACCCAGUCAAUCAUCUCAGCAACAACUACAGAGUCAACAACAACAACAACACCAGCAACAACAACAUGUUAUUCAGACGAAAGAAUUGCAUAGUUCACUAACCACUGAGUCUUCAAAUGGUAGUAGCUAUAUUCAGGAGCGCAAUAUACCAUCUCAUACACCAUCAACUUCUAGCAUUGUCGAUCCCACUGUUCCUUAUCAUCCUUCCAUGUGCAAUCAAACUUUAACCAAGGCACCUUCAAAUCAGAGUUUGUCCUUCUCCAGUACUGAGCUGAAUACAUCUGCUGGUAGUAUACCAACUCACCAAAACUCCCAACAAGUGCCCGGAUUAGCAACUCAGUCUCCUGGAUCUUCUUAUUUAUCGUCACCAGUUAACUCUAGACCUCCAUCUCGUCAUCAGACUUCGUUACCACCACCUCCUCCUAUCUGGCCUCCAUCUGGAAAUGUGAAUUCAGUGAAUACUGGCUCUGCUGGCGUAAAUUCACCUAGUAAUUUAAAACAGCCAACUCCACCACCGGCUUGUUCUUCAGUAUCUCCUGCACCAAUAAGAUCCCCUGCAUCAAUACAUGCUCCAACUCCGACUUCUUUUCAUGCUCCCCAUCCAUAUCCACCGCAUGGUACAAGCUCAUUGACAAGUCCAGCACAGUCACCUGUUCCUCCUCAAUCUCCCUCAAAUAUUAACCAGUUGAUGAGGAAUAACAACACUGGGACUGUUACACCUAUGCCAUCACCACAUCCUUCACCGGUGUCUCAGUCUCAUCAUACAAAUUUGCCUAGCAGUCAUCACAUUUCAUCUCAGUCUUCGGUCCCUUCAGAAAGUCCAGGUGGUCGACAACAGGUUCAUUCGUUUGCUGCUUCUCAUCCUGCUACUCCGGGUACACCUAACAGUCAGCAAUGUGCUCCAGGAAACACAUUUUCAGCCCCUGCUACUCCUGGAACCGGAUCAUCCCCUGGUAAUGUUGGUGUACUGUGUCAUUCUGUUCCAACAAAUCCAGGCAAUGUUUUUGUUGUCGGUAGUUCAGGAAUGCAUAAUAGUAGAAUGCCUUCAGAGGAUGCUCCGCAGACUGUUCCUCCAUCAAAUAUCCUUUCCCAGUCUUCAAACACUGAACAUGUAUCAUCUUCAGUAGCAGUGAUUGUUGAUCAAGGCUCAUCUUUAAAUUCCUAUCCUGGUUCUCAUCCACAGUCUCAUGCACAGCAAAGUAACUAUUCUGGUACGGAUUUGGAACGCCAGCGUCUUAAAGAAAUUUUAGCUAAGCAAGUACAUCAACGUCAAGUUCAACAUCAACACAAUCAGCAGCUUAUGCAACAACAACAACAACAACAGCAACAACAUCAGCAACAGCAGCAGCAACAACAACAACAGCAUCACCAUCAACAGCAGCAACAACAACUCCAUCUUAUUCAACAGGAGCAGGAACAUGUAAUGCCUCGUCAUCCUCAUGCUCAAUCCAGUGUGGGACCGCAAGGUGGUUCAUGUUCAGGACUUGUUUAUUCAUCUUUUAAUCAAUCCAGUAACAUUGUUCACCAACAACUCAAUGAAUCACACGGGCAGUCAUAUAGUAACUAUAUUAGUAAUCCUGUAUGGCAACAGCAUACUGCAGUCCAUGAUCCGUAUCAUUCCAUAUCACCACAAAGUCAAACUCACCAUCACCAGCAGCAACAGCAGCAGCCGCCAAUGAGACAUGGUUAUUUUGCACAACAGGUUCCUGCACAGCAUCCAACAAUGUAUUAUCAACAAUCUCAAAAUAGACCAGCGCCUAUCUCACCUGGUGGUGGUGGUGGAUCGAGAGUCUUGACAUCAGUUACUCCUGGUGCUGCUUCAAUGAACCAACCAGUUUCUGGUCAAUUCGUCUCGGCUACUAAUCCCUCUGUUCAAAGUGAUUAUGUUGGUGCUCAAAGUACUCCUUUACCUAAGGCAUCAAGAAUGCCGUACACAGAUAUGUCUGAGAUGGGAAAUCCACAUCAAGUGCUUGGUGAACCUGCACCAAAUUAUGGGAUGAAUAAUCAAAAUAUGAUGGGUACCAGCCGCAGUAAUCAACAGGUAAUGCACCCCAAUUCUAUGCAGGUUUAUCGUAGCAAUAUUUCUCAGCGCAAUGAUCAUCCUACACCAAUGAAUCCUUAUCGUCAUACGGAUAUUAUUACUUCAUCUUCUCUGGGAUCAAUAGAUAAUAAUUCAGUGAUUUCAGACAUACCUCGGACACCAUCUGUUGCUGGUCUUGAAGAAAUUGGAUUUGAGCCGCCUAUCAUAGUCAGCCGUCUUGCAGCUAAAGAGAAACGAUACGCUCCAGCUACCAGUAUGAAUUUACUGACAACGUCUACCUAUCAAAAUGAUCAAAUUGUUGAUCAACAACGUUUUGACAACACUGGCAAUUCAGGUGCUGCUGCUGCACUCGGUGGAAGUAGUAGUAGUAGUAGUGAUGCUACAAAUUUUCUAUAUAGAACAAAUUCCGAAGCCGCCGUAUCAAGAACACAAUCGAAUCCAUUGAACACAUCUCCUUCAACCACUUGUAUAUUAAAUACUCCAGUAUCUGUUUCAUCUAACCUGGAUACUGCUACUGCUACUACAACUCAUUUGGAUGAAGUAAUAGCUCAUGUUGUAUCAGAUGCUGCAGCUUAUGCUGAUAAAUCUAAACAUACUGUAACCGAAAUUCACUCUUCUUCGACGUCGUCUUCUGUUUCUAAUAAUAAUAAUAUUAAUCAAUCAAUUACUUCUCAAUGUUUCGCCUCUCUACCGCAUUGUUCAGCACCUGUUCAUUAUACUUCACCAAAUAUUGUAUGGUCUAAUUCUAAUCGUUUUAUUAUUAAUACUGGAACAACCACGGCACCAUAUCGUAUUCCUUCUUAUUCUGAUAAUCAACAAUUUUCUAGCACAUCGAAAAAGUUAUCGUCAUAUUUUGAAAAUGUGCCUAUAUCUUCUUUAUCAAGUGGCUGUUCAGUUGACAAUAACAACAACAAUUCUACACAAUUACUGCCAUGUCUGCCUUCUUCACAAUCAUUGAGUUUAUCAUCUGAAUCAUCACAGAUGCAAGCACAUCAUGGCGAUCAUCAUCAUCAAUAUUAA